UGUGUGGUUCUCAAUUCCUGUGAAACUUAUUGAAGGAAACGAUUAUAAAAACUGUUAAUUGUCUUCAAAUGUUUGUCGAAAUUUUUACAAUUAUGUGGCACCGUAGCGAAGCGAAAACAAAAACCUGGGUUUCAAAAUGCAGUUGGUCGCGAAAAGAUUUGUGCCGUAACAAAACAAAUGGAGGUAGAUGUGAUAAAUAAUGAAAUUUGUUAUUCUGAAUUCUACGAUAAGUAUCUUAUCAAGAAUAUACCGUGUUUGCUUUCAAAAUCACAUACUGAAUCGUGGCUCAGUAGAAAACUUUGGGCUGAAAAUGAAAUACCCAUCUGGGAGAAUCUAUUGGACAGUUAUGGUGAAGAGGAAGUGCCUGUAGCAAACUGUGGUGAAUCAUACUUUGAUUCUCACCCAAAGUCAAAUUGGUCUCUUACAGACUUUAUCACGUACAUUAAGGAAUACAAAAAUAAAGGAUAUCCUUCAACAAUGCCAUGCUUAUACUUAAAAGACUGGCAUUUGUUCAAAAAUUUCCCGUGCUCAAAAUCUAUGUAUGAAACUCCGGUUUACUUUGCUGUUGACUGGUUAAAUGAAUACUGGAUGCAAGGCAAUGAAGAUGAUUACAGAUUUGUAUACAUUGGUCCAAAAGGAAGUUGGACUCCUUUGCAUGCAGAUGUUUAUGGCUCAUUUAGCUGGUCAGCAAAUGUUGUGGGGAAAAAAAGAUGGAUUUUUCUUCCACCUGGCGAGGAAAUAAGACUUAAAUCGUUAUUUGGAGUCACUUCUCUUCCCCGUGAUUUGGGACAAAUUGAUAUUUCAGCAAUGGGGGUCACAUACUAUGACUUGGUACAAAGUGCUGGAGAAGUGGUUUUCGUCCCGUCAGGUUGGCAUCAUCAAGUGUGGAACCUGGAGGACACUAUCUCCAUCAAUCACAACUGGUUUAAUGGAGCCAAUGCAAGCCACAUUCACAAAGGACUGCAGAAGGCCUCCAUUGAGAUAGAAGAAGAGGUAUCCGGCUACGGGACAAAUCUUGAUAAGGAACAACUUGAAGUUUUUCUUAAUAGUCAUUACGGAAUGAAUUUCCGGCAAUUUCGGCGACUGUUACAAAUGGUGGUUGAAAGGAGAAAUUCAGGGUUUCUCAAGAUUCAUUCCCUGAAAAAUUGUCAUUUAUGUUCUGGCGAUGGAUGGUGUAACCAAGAACGUCAUCGAAACAUGGAUAGCCAAGUGGCCAUUGAGCUUCUGAAGACAUUGAGCAAUAAAUGAAACGAUGGGAUUAGUA